UUCGACGUCACGUCACGUCUUCUUGAUUGACACGUCUGUUUUCUCGGCCUUGCUUGCCUUUCGCCGGUUUUGAGUUCCGACAGCAGCAGCAGAAUAAUUACGGGCAUAAAUCCCUGACAAUUUUAGUUAUUUUGUUAUCAGGAGCAGUGAGUUAAAGAUAGAAAAAACCCGCACUAUGACAGAAUACGCAAAGCAAUUUAUGCUGCUUCUGAUGAACGAAAAAUGUUACGACAAUUACUUCGUAGACUUUGACUUCUUCGAUGGCGAUUGCUUCAAAGCGCUGCUCAGCAAAGGAUUGGGAAUUGGCAUCAUUGCUGGAUCGGUACUGGUGAAGGUUCCCCAAAUCACCAAAAUUUUGGCAAACAAAUCGGCCAAAGGCAUCAACCUCUUCAGCGUUUGUUUGGAUCUGUUUGCCAUCACUAUCCACAUGGCAUACAGUUUCGUAAGUGAAUUCCCCUUCAGUGCCUGGGGAGAUACAUCCUUCCUGGCCUUGCAAACAGCGAUGAUUGCUUUCCUGGUUCUGCAUUUCGGAGGAGCUCCCGCCAAGGCAGUCGCUUUCGGGGCGGUUUAUUCCGCGGUCACAUACGUUUUGAUGGGAGGCCUCACACCGUUGAAAUACCUUUUGAUUGCCCAAGGGUUUAAUGUUCCUAUUCUGCUGCUGGGAAAACUGUCACAGGCAUUUACCAACUACAAGAACGGAAGCACUGGCCAAUUAUCGGCUGUGACUUGCUUCAUGUUGCUGGCUGGCUCAUUGGCACGAAUCUUUACAUCGAUCCAAGAAACCGGCGAUCAAAUGAUGAUUAUCACUUACGGAUGCUCAUCGUUUGCCAAUGCAGUUAUCGUAAUGCAACUGCUCUACUACUGGAACUCGGACAAAAAAUCGUCCGGAAAAUCUUCGCCAAAGAAGGCCUCUAAGGCCAAGGCCAAGAAAAGCGAUUAGUCAGCUUUACCGAUAGGGAGAGGAUAGACAUCACAUCUAAAAGACGACAACAGAAAUUCCGUUUUAGUAGAAGUACAAAAACAAAUGCUCCAACUACGUAGGUAAUUUUAGGCCAGGAGUUCAAUUAACGCUGUUCUCUAAGACAUUGCAAUUGUUUUUUGGCUCCACAUUUAGGUGUCGGUAACUGCAUUUCUCCUUAGUCAGGCCAGUAAAUUUGACUACUUCAGAAGUGAUGUAGGUUUUUGCAGAUAAGCAUGACUAAAAUAAGACAAGAGCGUAUGUUAUAUGCUUAGCUAAUUAAAUGCAGUUGGUUAAAUAAAAAAGUAACGAGUUAA